GUGAGCCCACAAGGAGUGGCAGUUGGGGGCUAUAUAAAGGCAGGGAAACCUCAGCCAGCUCAAAAGAAAGUCUUGGAGCUGGUGGUGUUCUCCCUCCCUCCUGCCUUCACGUGAUUCAGCUUCCCCACGCCGGGAGCCGAGGACAAGCCUCACCGUGCGAGAUGGCUGCCGGCGGCUGCCUCCUUCUUCUCCUUCUGCCCUCGCUGGUCACAGCUUCCCACAGCCCUCCUGGCUGUAAGAUCCGGAUUACUUCCAAGGGGCUGGACCUGGUGAAGCAGGAGGGGCUGCGCUUUGUGGAGCAGGAGCUGCAGAACAUCACGGUGUCAGACCUGCAUGGGAGUGAGGGGCAGUUCCAGUACAACAUCAGCCAGGUCAAGGUGACAGAUCUGCAGCUGGCCUUUUCAGACCUGAACUUCCAGCCCCAGCAGCACCUUGUCUUCAACAUCAGCAAUGCUUCCAUUAGCCUACGCUUCCGCAGGCAGCUGCUCUACUGGUUCUUCUAUGACAUUGGGUCCAUCAAUGCCUCUGCGGAUGGUGUCCACAUCUACACAGUGCUGCAGUUGGCCAAGGAUGAGGCUGGGCGCCUCAAGAUCUCCAAUAUGACCUGCAACGCCUCCAUAGCAAGAAUGCAUGCUGGCUUCUCUGGCACACUCAGGAAGGUCUAUGAGUUCCUGAGCACCUUCAUCGUCACGGGGAUGCGCUUCCUCCUCAGCCAGCAGAUCUGCCCAUCCCUGGAGCAUGCCAGCCUGGUGCUGCUGAACUCUUUGCUGGACACAGUGCCUGUGAGAAACUAUGUGGAUGAGCAUAUUGGGAUUGACUACUCCCUCCUACGGGAUCCGUCCAUCACCACUGACACCCUUGAGCUCGACUUCAAGGGCAUGUUCUUCCCCCGGGUGAGAGAGGACCAGGAGCUGGAGAACCACGCGGUGGAGCCGGUGAUCAAGGAGACUGAGCGCAUGGUUUAUGUUGCCUUCUCUGAGUACUUCUUCGACUCAGCCAUGCACUCGUACUUCCAGGCAGGAGUACUGACCAUAGAGCUCCAGGGGGAGAAGGUGCCCAAGGACCUGGAGGUUUUGCUGAGAGCCACAUUCUUUGGGACUAUUUUCAUGCUGAGCCCUUCUGUGGAUGCUCCGCUGCGGCUGGUGCUGCAGGUCUCUGCUCCCCCCCGCUGCACCAUCAAACCCUCGGGGACCUCAGUUUCUGUCUCUGCUUUCCUGAACAUCUCACUGGUGCCCCCAGACCGCCCAGCUGUCCAGCUCUCCAGCAUGGCCAUGGAAACCAAGCUGAGUGCCAAAGUGUUUCUGCAAGGGAAAGCACUGCGUGUGCAGCUGGACCUACGACGGUUUCGCAUCUAUUCCAAGCAGUCAGCGCUGGAGUCGCUUGCGCUGUUCUCACUGCAGGCCCCACUGAAGACCCUGCUGCAGCUGACCAUCAUGCCCAUCAUUAACGAGAGGACAAAGAAGGGGGUGCAGAUCCCACUGCCCGAAGGCAUGGACUUCACCAGGGAGGUGGUCACCAAUCAUGCGGGAUUCCUCACAGUGGGAGCUGAUCUCCACUUCUCCAAGGGGCUGCGGGAGGUGAUUGAGAAAUACCGCCCAGUGCCGACCGCUGCUGCCUACUCCAGCUCCCAGCCUGCAGAGCCCAGCCUGGAUCCCAGCUCACUCUAGCUCUCCUCCCUGGACCCAAGGGCAGAUCCCGGGCUGGACCCGUAGACUGUAGGUAGGAAGCAGCUUCCCUGGUACCACCAGCACAUUGUCAGGGCGUCCAGGCCCUGGUGGGGCGCAGCAAGGUGGAGAGGGUGCUCUGGGAAUCCCUGCUGCAGCCUUGCUCAUUACACUAAUAAACCACCUGACUC